UAGUAAGGAUGCCAGUGCACCUCUUUAUAUCAGGCAAUGCAGUUGUUGGAUCUGGAUAGAUAAGAAGUUUUUUAGCAGCAAUGAUCCAUUUGAAGCCCCAUUUGAUAAUAGUCGUGCACUGAUUUAUGAUAGCAACGGCUAUCAACAGCCACUUGCAGAUUGACAAUUCACCUAUUAUUGUCUUCUAUGUGCAAGUAUGACUGCAAAUUACUGAGAGAGAUCAAAUGAACAAAUAAUUUGAUAUGCAAAAUCACUUGGCGAUUGACUUAUUAGUUGCAGCUUGUGUGGGAGCAGACCAGGGUGCAUUUAUGUCUGCUCUUGAGAUGUUGCUGAAGGACUUUGCUAGCAGAUAUGCCACAGGAGAUGAAGUGUAUAUGGCAGAUGUGUUCUUAGCUCCACAGAUUGUUGUAUCUACUUCGAGGUUUAACAUUAACAUGUCCAAAUUCCCCACUUUAAAUAGGCUGUAUGAAUCCUACAAGAUUUUACCGGAGUUUGAAGCUUCGUCACCAGAAAGGCAACCUGAUGCUGUGCAUUAAGUCUGGAAUUUUCCGCCAUAUUCCUCAAAGCAGUUUUGUAUUUGCCACUAUCUCUCUACUGGAAUGAGUGAUCACAUGUAAAUAAGAUCAAAUUUGAAAACGUUGAUCACUGGUGUAACAAUGUCAUGUCGAUUGUGUCCAGUUCUUUGUAAGAGAAACAUCACUCGAAUUCUAUGUGUAAUAUAAUGUGUUGGUAUUGAAUAAAAAUCAUGCAGCCAAACAAUUUCUAU